AUGGCGACAGCAUCGGCAAGCAGGGUGGCGGCCGUCGGCGUGGCCGUCACAGGCACCGGCACCAGUUUUCGGCUGGGCGUAGCGAUCCACGGCAUUCCUCCGGAGCACGUUUACCGGCAUAUGAGCAAUCCUCAGAGCCUUUUAGGAUUGCAGCCGCUGCUCGUGUCAGUGGAGGGUGCACAGCACCACGGCCAAGUAGCAGAAGCCACGGCAGGAGCGCAUGCAGCAAGCGCGCAGCAAGUUGCAUCAGCUGACCAGCCGGCAGAGUUGGAGUAUGAGGCUGUGGAGCGCUUCAGCUGGUGCUGGGGCCUGCUGGAACUGCAUAACCGCAUCCACGUGCGCCAGCAGCUGCUGGGCAGGCGAGGCCUGCGACCGCAGGCAGGGCAAUCAGCAGCGGGGCACAUUGACAAUGAUGCAGCCCCACUGCAGAUGCGAUUUCUGGUCACCAGCCCACCAUGGGGACUGGUAGCCGUGCAGGCAGCCUGGACAUUCAGCCCCGCAGCAGCGGCAACUGGAGCAACGGCAGCAGGUGGCGGCGCCCGCCCGCUGGGCCGCCGUGCUCUGCAAGCGCCCUGCCCUUGCGGAUCCACCUACACCAUUCAAGCAGGUGACACCGUCCAAGCAAUCGCACAGGCGUGCGGCACCACCACUGACGAGCUGGCUGCCGCAAACAGCAUCGCUGACGUGAACUUCGUUCCAGAGGGUGGCGUGCUGACCAUUCCCUCUUGUGGCGAAGCAUCCACAGACACCAAGCCGCCAGAGUCACUGGAAGUUUCCCCAAAUACUGAGCAGUCCCAGGACUCUGCCGCUGGAACGUCGCGAUGCCCCUGUGGACCUGCCUAUACCGUCAAGGCUGGAGAUGGGCUUGCAGCCAUUGCACAGGCAUGCGGCACCACCACCGACGAUCUGGCUGCCCAAAAUUGCAUCUCCGACGCCAACGCCAUUCAAGUGGAUGCCAUCCUGGCCAUCCCAGGCUGUUUCAGGGACUCAGCGGCGCCAGACGGGCAAACAACGAACAGCCCUGAGGCUGGACUGCCAGCCCUCGGCGAGAUCCUCAAUGAAGGCAGCCCCGAGACCUCCAUUGAGCUGCAACAAGAAGAAAUAUCUCGUCUAGGACUUAACGCUGGCACGUGCGGAGGGCAGCUGUGCACGAUGGUGAGAGUGUCAGAGCGCAAGGUGCCAAUUGGAAAGCUGAAGCCUGCCGACAUUGUGGCCAAGGUGGAGGAGGCAUGCACCGAGGCAGGCUGCGCCAGCGCCGAGAUUGACAUCGCCACUGACGUUUGGCAGAAGGGUCACACGCCUGGGUCCACUUACCACCGCAAAUGCGACUUGGCCGCCGACAGCGGCAAUGCAUAUGCAUGCGGGUAUUGGGCGCCUGGCAAGUGCACCGUCCAGUUCAGUGGCGUGUACACGCAGAAGGCCAGGGACGCAAUCCUGCCGCUGCUGAAGGCGGCCGCCGACUUGAACACCACUCAGGCCAACGACUGGCCUCCCCCGUGGCGCGCCUAUUGGUACUCGCUCAGCACCUGCACCUGGUGGUUCCUCAACUUGGACAAGAAGCUAGGCAACGCCUGUGAAUUCAACCGCAUCGACAGAUCCGGCACUUGGGCGGAGGAUGCUGGGGUGCUGGCCAUGCCAGCAUCCCUGCAGAUCUCAAGGUUCCUGCCCCCUGGCGAUGAUGGUGACGCAAAACUGUCGGGCUUCAUCAACAUGGAGGUGUCUUGCGACGCCGACCCUGAGACGGAGAGCUGGAAGUGCAACCACGUCGACUUUGCUGGAGCGGUGCUGAGUGCGGUGCCAUUUGUCGCGCAACGGGGUGACUGUAACACAGAGUACAGCUCCGCCUGCCUCACAUCUGGCCGCUCCGAGGGCACUUUCAGGAAGAUCACAGAGCCGCAGCUGCUGUCUGUGCUCCGCCAGGUGCUGGCGGAGGCGUCAGACUCCCCCGCCUUCAUCGUCAGCCUGGUCGCCUCGCCAGCUGGCGCCAGCGGGGCGCCCGCCCGCCGCCGCCGCGCGCUGCAGGACGGGCAGCAGCUGCUGCAGGCAGUCGCCGUCCAGAUGUACAUGACAAUGCAGAGCGCGCUGCGGCGUGGCGCCGCCGCUCCCGCCGCCACUGCCGCCUGGACAGCCCUUGUGGCCGUCUUGCUCCUGGCCGCACCGCCCAUGUGCCAAGCCGAAGUGCCCUCCGGAUACAGCUGCGUCUGCAGCGAAGGGCAGCCCGACUGUGUGUGCCCCUCCAUCUCUCCUCCCGGAGGCCUGGACCCUGAGCGCACCCCCCAGUUUAUCCUGUUUGCGCACGACGACGGCAUCAAAGAUGUCACUUAUGAAGCCAUGCGCGCCGUGACCGACGGCAGGCAGUCGCUCAACGGCUGCCCUGCGGUGGCCACCAUGUUCACCACAUCUGCCCUCACAGGCACGCUGCCUGCUCCGUGUCCCAACUACAAGUGCAAUGCUUGCGCGCGUGCUGUGCUGUGGGGGGGCGCAAGCGCUGAGGCGCAGCCAUCGCAAGCUGUCAGCCGCGUGUUUACCUGCUGCAUUCUUGCCUGCUGCUGUAUAUGUGCUUUCCCUGCAGAAUGCGACUACCUGAAGCAGCUGUACGAUGCCGGCUACGAGAUUGCCGACCACACAGAGGACCACAUCUCGGUGCUGGACCUGGAGCAGGCGCAGCUGGAGGAGCAGAUUGUGGAGUCGCGGGCCAACCUGGCGGCCUGCGGCAUCCCCGAGUCUGACGUGGUGGGCUUCAGGGCUCCUUUCCUCCAGAUGGACAGCAAGGCCAGGGCGGUGGCGCACCAGGCAGGAUACCUAUACGACAGCUCCAUUGUGGAGAUGGCGGGGCUGGAGACGUAUGCCUCCUCUCUGUCGUACGGCCCCAAGAAGCGUGUGUGGCCCUUCACCAUGCAAGACGGCGUGCCCAUCAGCUGCCAGCCCACCGAGCCCUACGCCUCCUGCGACAUCAGCGAGCGCUAUCAGGGCAUGUGGGAGGUGCCAGUGUGGGACCUGCACGCGGUCGGUGCUUACACCAUGGACUAUGGAGCCGACGGCAAGCACAAAGUGCACGACAUCUUGAAGAAGAACUUCGAUGCGGCCUACAAGGGCAACCGCGCCCCCAUGCCCCUCUUCAUCCACACGCCCUGGCUGGAGAAGCACGUGGAGGCGGUGCAGAGCUUUGCGGAAUAUGCCCUCAGCAAGCCCGAUGUGUACUUCGUCACCGUCCGCCAGCUGCUGGCCUGGAUGAACAACCCGAUCCCCGCAGACCAGCUCACCCCAGAGGCGCUGGGCUGCGGCAGCCCCGGCGGCGCGCCGGGCACCGCCGCCAGCAGCAGCAUCGAGGCGGCCGAGGGCGAGGCCGCGGCUGCUGCUCUGGAUACCGAGGGGGCGGAGCAGGAGGGCUCUGGCGACGAGCAGGUGGCAGCAGGGGAUGUGGUGGAGGAGGAGGUGGCGCAAAACGAGGAGGCUAUCCUGGACGUCGACAGCGGUUCUGCGACCACGGAAACAGAAGAGGAGACGGCCGAAGCGGCAGGCGUGAUAUUCACCUACAGCGACACAUCAGCAGGCUCCCCUUCUGGGGCUCCAGCGCCUGGCGGCGCCCCAGCACCAGAGGGGCCACCCGGUCCCGCCGCACCGCCCAUCCUGGCACCGCAGCUGCAGCCCAGCGAGGAGGAUGCUGAGCUGGAUAUGGGCCUGGCGGGCCUGAUGGGUAGGAAGCUGGCGGCCACCGCAGGCGGCGCUUCCAGCAGCGGCAGCAACGCAGAUGGCCGCGGCGUCUCGACUGCGGCCGUCGUAGCGCUUGCCGUGGUUGGAGCGGCGGCUGCUGCUGGCAUCGCGUGCUGGGUGGUGCUGGAUUCGAUUAGAAUCCGGUUCAUUUACUCUUAUCCGUCCACCUUGAUCAAACGCACCUCUCUUUUGUGGGCUGCAGCCACGUUGUGUUUGGGUUCUGCCGCCAACUCUGCCAACCUCGACACACCCGAGCGGUUUCUAUCCGCCCUGAUUCAGAUCUUGACUUGA